UUAUAUCUCUCUUAUCACUUUCUCCAUUUCUUCUUAUUCAUACCUAUACCUUUUAAACUCAACUCCUUUUCUCCACUAUAUAACUUGUCUUCUGUUUCUUAAUUUCCAACCAAUUAACUCUUGUUUAUACAUAUUCUCCUUCAUUUGGAGUAUCUUCUUUGUUAUAUUAUAAAUAAUUACAUAGUAUUAUGUCUAGCAGAAGGUCAAGACAACAAUCUUCUUCUUCAAGAAUUUCUGAUGACCAAAUCAUCGAACUUGUUUCUAAGUUGCGUCAACUUGUUCCUGAAAUUCGUCAUAGGCGUUCAGACAAGGUAUCAGCAUCUAAGGUUCUACAAGAGACUUGUAACUACAUAAGAAACUUACACAGAGAAGUUGAUGAUUUAAGUGAAAGAUUGUCUCAGUUAUUGGUCACAAUUGAUGCUGAUAGUCCAGAGGCUAAUAUUAUCAGAAGCUUAAUUAAUCAAUAAUUAAGAUAUAGUUAUCUAAUUUUAAUUAUAAUGGAGAAAUUAAUAUCUAUUAUUAUAUUUAUAAGAGUGUAGUUUGUUUUAAUUUGGUGGGCUAGCUAGAGUGUAGUUUGAGGUGUGCAUUUUGAAUAUGAAGCUUUUUGUAAUUUUAAUCAAGGACUUUGAAUUAUAGCUAUAAUGCUAUAUAUCCACGUGCCAUGUUUAUAGAUGGCCAAAAUGUAUCUGUUGUUAAAUCUAUUAAUUAAGGUUAUAUAAUUA